AGGGGUUAUUUUACCUGUCGCCUCCAAUUCGGAAGAACGCACUUUAACCUCACAGGACGCAUCGCCAGACUAUCUCUCGCCAUAUCCAUUGUAGCCAGUCGCAGUAGUAGCCGUAGAUACAUCUCACGUAGCGGUGUCGGUUCGAGUGGCCUCAGUUUGUCCGGUGGGAUGCAGUUUUCCAGCGGUUUGGGAGGCGGUAGGUCCCGUAUGAGCGUGUCCUCUGUUGGGAGCAGUCGCGCGCCGAGUGUAUAUGGAGGUGCCGGGGGAUACGGCACCCGUAUCUCUCAAUCCACUUUCUCUAUGGACGGGCCAGGCCAGAUCACUAUUGGUGCCAACGAGAAGCAUACCAUGCAGAAUCUGAACGAUCGUUUGGCCGCCUACCUGGAAAAGGUGCACUCUCUAGAGACAGCCAAUAGCAAGUUGGAGCUGCAGAUCAAGGAGUUCUACGAGAUGAGAUCACCGACUCACAAGAAGGACCUCAGUGGGUUCCAUGCCACCAUCACAGACAUCCUCAACCAGAUCCAAGCCAGGUCUGUGGAGAACUCUCAGAUGAUCCUGCAGGUGGAUAGUGCCAGACUUGCAGCUGAUGACUUCAAGAUGAAGUUAGAGACGGAGGCUAACAUGCGUAUGAAGAUGGAAGGGGAUGUGGCUCGUCUGAGAGGAGUCCUGGACAGCUUUACACUCACCAGAGCAGAACUGGAGAUACAGAUUGAGGGGCAGAAGGAGGAGCUGGUCUACCUCACGAAAAACCACGAGGAGGAGAUGCAGUUGAUGCGUCCGCAGCAUUGUGGUGCUGUGAAUGUGGAGAUGGACUGUGCUUCCUCAGUGGACAUGAGCAAGGUGCUGGAGGAGAUGAGGACCCAGUAUGAGGGCAUGGUAACAAAGAACCAGAGAGAUGCUGCCAAGUGGUUUGAGAGCAAGGUGGAGGUGCUUCAGAACCAGAUCACCACCAGCACCAUAGAGGUGAAGACCUCUCAGUCUCAGGUGACUGACCUGAAGAGGACCUUCCAGAGCCUGGAGAUUGAACUGCAUGGCCUGCUCACUCAGAAGGGGUACCUGGAGCAGAGCGUCGUUGAUAUAAACGGCCGCUAUGGCUCCCAGCUGAACCAGCUGCAGGUUUGUAUCAACAGCAUGGAGGAGGAGCUGCAGCAUAUCAACGUCAGCAUCCAGCAGCAGGCCUCCGAGUACCAGAUCCUCCUGGACAUCAAGAUGAGGCUGGAGAUGGAGAUCGCUGAGUACAGGAGGCUGCUGGAUGGAGAGCAACUCUGGCCUGUGGAGACCAGACAGGAGGUCAGGAAAGUGAUCGUGGUCGAGAAGAUCCAGGAAGUACAACAAGUCCAGGAAGUAGUGGAAGAGUAUAAUCCACACAAGCAGAAGCGGGUGAGGGUGAUCGUGGAGGAGAUGGUCGAUGGGAAGGUGGUGUCCACCUCAGUUGAGGAGAAGGUCCAGGAUAUGAACUAACUGAGAAGACCAGAUAGUUCCGGAAUCUGGUGAAGCGGUAACGGACCACACAUACAACUGAUGACGGGGGUUCAAGCCUCGUCUAUAUAUACAGUUGAAGUUGGAAGUUUACAGACACCUUAGCCAAAUACAUUUAAACUCAGGUUUUCACAAUUCCUGACAUUUAAUCAGAGUAAAAAUUCCCUGUUUUAGGUCUGUUAGGUUCACCACUUCAUUUUAAGAAUGUGAAAUGUCAGAACAAUAGUAGAGAGAAUGAUUUAUUUCACCUUUAUUUCUUUCAUCACAUUCCCAGUGGGUCAGAAAUGUACAUGCACUCAAUUAGUAUUUGGUAGCAUUGCCUUUAAAUUGUUUAACUUGGGUCAAACGUUUUGGGUAGCCUUCCACAAGCUUCCCACAUUAAGUUGGGUGAAUUUUGGCCCAUUCCUCCUGACAGAGCUGGUGUAACUGAGUCAAGUUUGUAGGCCUCCUUGCUCGCACACACUUUUUCAGUUCUGCCCACAAAUCUUCUAUGGGAUUGAGGUCAGGGCUUUGUGAUGGCCACUCCAAUACCUUGACUUUGUUGUCCUUAAGCCAUUUUGCCUCAACUUUGGAAGUAUGCUUGGGGUCAUUGUCCAUUUGGAAGACCCAUUUGCGACCAAGCUUUAUCUUCCUGACUGAUGUCUGGAGAUUUUGCUUCAAUAUAUCCACACAAUUUUCCUCCCUCAUGAUGCCAUCUAUUUUGUGAAGUGCACCAGUCCCUCCUGCAGCAAAGUACCCCCACAACAUGAUGCUGCCACCCCCGUGCUUCACGGUUGGCAUGGUGUUCUUUGGCUGGCAAGCCUCCCCAUUUUUCCUCCAAACAUAAAGAUGGUUGUUAUGGCCAAACAGUUCUAUUUUUGUUUCAUCAGACCAGAGGACAUUUCUCCAAAAAGUACAAUCUUUGUCCCCAUGUGCAGUUGGAAACCAUAGUCUGGCUUUUUUAUGGCAGUUUUGGAGCAGUGGCUUUUUCCUUGCUGAGCGGCCUUUCAGGUUAUGUCAAUAUAGGACUCGUUUUACUGUGGAUAUAGAUACUUUUGUACCUGUUUCCUCCAGCAUCUUCACAAGGUCCUGUGCUGUUCUGGGAUUGAUUUGCACUUUUCGCACCAAAGUGCGAGGAGACAGAACGUGUCUCCUUCCUGAGCGGUAUGACGGCUGUGUGGUCUCAUGAUGAAUGGUUGAAAAACAAGUUUUAAUUACUUUAACCUAAGUGUAUGCAAAUUUACAACUUCAACUGUAUAUGUAUGUAUGUAUAUAUAUUUCAUGGUCGCAUACUGUAAUAUGUCACUUUUGACAGGAUUGCAUCAGCUGAAUGAUAACUGAUGUAAUUUAUUCAUGUUAAUUUAUUACUCUUAUAUGGCUCUAUCAUAUGGCAAAUUUAAUAUUAUUUCUGGAAUGUGUUUUUCUCGUUCCAUUCGUUGCCACCAGGUGGCAUGUCUCUCAUUUAAAAACAUCUUUGGCCAGCCCAAUUAAAAGUGAAAAUUAUCGCAUUUGAGUAAAUUGAAAACAGAUUAUUACAGUGACAUCAGGGAAAAUAUGAUUUGUUUCAUCAGCUAUUAAAAAGCUAUUUUAGCUCCAUUGUAUACUUCCCGUACCACAAGCCAUGUAUGUUCUCUGUACUCUAUGACAGGUUUAAAGUUAAUAUUCUGUAGGCCUACGACACUGACGCAACAUGAUACAUUUGGCUGUGCAUAAAAUCUAGAUGUCAAUGCAUUUCAGGACACUAUCAUAAUUGAGGGUCCAUUGCUGUCCUCUAAAAACAUGAAAAGAAACACCUUUGCAGAUUGGAUGAGGUCCAAAACACAUACUGUGCCUUACAUUAUAUGAGCAUAACACUCAUGGGAGUUUCCCUUACUCAAACAUGUUCUCAGAGCAGAAAGGAUUAUGACUGGUCGCAUCAGGCACCAAAUGAAAAUGGAGAGGAGGUGGGAGGAGGCACAGUGGCGACUCGUCAUUCACGGCAGGUGUGGCAGAGCAAAAAGAAAAUUUGCCUGUUUUGCAUGUUAUUUUGGCAUAAAUACGUGUCACAUAUUACUUUGCGAACAAUGUAACAAAAUAAAUAUACAAUUUAAUUCAUAAAGCCGCAUACAAACUUGGUCUCUUUUUUGUUUUCUUGAGUAAGGCAGCUUUAAAAUGCAGGUGUUUCAGGCCCAGCUCAGUGCUUUCUGUGGUAGUGGGGCGUGCUAGCAGACAAUAGGAGCAUUGCGCCGUGAUUGGCUCAGUGUUCUGUCACUCAUGGGGACCUUACGUAAUCGCCAAGCUUAAGUCCUUAGAAAGGGUAGAUAGCCCUUUGGGUCCUGCCAUAGAGUUAUAUUACAAGUGCCCUUCCAAGAAGGCUCAAGGUCAUUGGCCAUAGAAAUUACAUCAAAUCGCGUUAUAUGUACAGUAGCUUUGAUUGGACUGAUCAUGUCAACAUCUUACUUUCACAAUCUUAGCUUAGUAGUCAUCAUCAUGAAUCAAGUCUACUGGCAAAUCCUUUUUAAUCCUUGUCAUAUGAAGAGAAAUAAUGAUGAGAAAAUGUAGAUAAAACAUAUUGGUGCUCAUCGGCCACUGGACAUAAACAUUACACAACAAUUUUGGUAGAUUGCAAAUUCAACAAUGAGUGUUUUGUAAGGAAUCGGUGACAGUGGCUAACUGCAAGCAUUGCAACUGGGAAGUCGGGAAUAAACAGCUCAAACUGGGAAAAUACGUUUUGAACAGUCAUUCAAUUGGGAAUUGUAAAUCCAGCAUCUUUCUCUUUGAUGACAAAAUUUGCCCACAAAGGACCGCCACGCCACUUUCCUGUUCAAGCACAUCACAACAAUGUGUGUCCAAAAAUGUCUUAUGCUGCUUCAUACAGUACAUGAUUCCAUAUGUGUUAUUUAUUCUACAAUGUAGAAAAUAGUCAAAUUAAAGAAAAACCCCUGAAUGAGGUGGUGUGUCCAAAUCUUUGACAGGUACUGUAAGUAUUCACACCCCUGAGUCAAUACUUUGUAGAAGCACCUUUGGCAGAGAUUACAGCUGUGAGUCUCUAAGAGCUUUCCACACCUCGAUUGUGCAAUAUUUGCCCAUUAUUCUUUUCAGAAUUCUUCAAGCUCUGUCAAAUUGGUUAUUGAUCAACUCCGGUGUAUAUUUGGCCUUGUGUUUUAGGUUAUUGUCCUGCUGAAAGGUGAGUUUGUCUCCCAGUGUCUUUUGGAAAGCAGACUGAACCAGGUUUUCCUCUAGGAUUUUGCCCAUGCUUAGCUCUUUUCCAUUCAUUUUGAUCCUAAAAAACUCCCAGUCCUUGUCGAUGACAAGCAUACCCAUAAAGUUGAUGCAGCCACCACCAUGCUUGAAAAUAUGAAGAGUGGUACUCAGUGAUGUGUUGUGUUUGAUUUGCCUCAAUCAUAACGCUUUCUAAUAAGGACAUAAAGUUCGUUGUAGGUUAACAAGCUAGCUUGCUAGUAAAUAAUUUUGCUGCUCUAGGUGAAGUUACAGUCAACUGGGUCUCUAAGAGCAGAACUGUCAGUACUGGCCAUCAACACAGUCAGUACUCCACAUUCCUCUUUCCACAUUUUCCUACAUGAUUUUAUUCCCUAUUAAUGAUGUUGUGUACUUGUGACCCAUGUGAAAUGCACUUCAAAUAAAA